GGGGCCUGAUCGGGCCUCGCCGCUGGCCCCGCCCCCGUCCCCAUUCAUUGCCGCUGGCUGCGAGCGCAUCCGCGGCGCGCCCAGAUCCGCCGCCAUGUCCGCGCGGGGGCCCGCGGGCGCCGGCCCGGCCGCCAUCCAGCUCAGCAGGAUAAUGCGUCCGGAUGAUGCAAACAUCGCAGGGAACGUCCAUGGGGGGACCAUCCUGAAAAUGAUCGAAGAGGCAGGUGCCAUCAUCAGCACCCGCCACUGCAAUUCCCAGUCAGGGGAGCACUGUGUGGCUGCGCUGGCCCGUGUGGAGCGUACAGACUUCCUCUCACCCAUGUGCAUUGGCGAAGUGGCUCACGUGAGUGCGGAAAUCACUUACACCUCCAAACAUUCUGUGGAAGUUCAAGUCAAUGUGCUGUCUGAAAACAUCCUCACAGGUGCUAAGAGGGUGACUAAUAGGGCAACUCUGUGGUAUGUGCCUCUUUCUCUAAAGAACGUGGACAAAGUCCUUGAAGUUCCUCCCAUUCAGUACGCAUGGAAAGAGCUGGAGGAGGACGGAAAGAAACGCUAUGAAGAGCAAAAACUGGAACGACUGGUAACUAAACAGAGAAAUGGAGACAUCAUCUUCCCUGUUUUCAACCCAGAUAGACAGAAUAAAGAGCCGUACACUGUAGGCUAUAGCCAGUCCAGCCUGAUCCAUCUGGUGGGCCCAUCAGACUGCACUCUACAUGGAUUUGUACAUGGAGGUGUUACUAUGAAGUUAAUGGACGAGGUAGCUGGAAUUGUAGCUGCUCGCCAUUGUAAGACCAACAUUGUCACAGCUUCUGUGGAUGCCAUUAACUUCCAUGAGAAGAUCAAAAAAGGUUGUGUCAUUACUAUUUCUGGACGCAUGACCUUCACGAGCAAUAAAUCCAUGGAGAUCGAGGUCUUUGUUGAUGCUGAUCCUUUUGUUGAUGAGCCUAAAGAAAGAUAUCGCGCUGUCAGUGCAUUCUUUACCUAUGUAUCCCUGAGCAAGGAGGGGAAGCCCGUACCUGUUCCACAGCUGGUGGUAGAAACUGAAGAUGAGAAGAGGCGUUUUGAAGACGGAAAAGGGAGAUAUCUUCAAACGAAAGCCAAAAGGCAGGUGCAGAUGCAACCGCUGACUCAACAAUGACCCUUCAUCUUGGACCUAAAUAUUUACGGCAGAGCCGCCUAGAAAUAAACAUAUCCACUUUAGAAAUAUUUCCUUGGGCAAAUAAAACAAACCUGUCACUAGUGUUGUGUGAAGUGUU